GUCAGGGUAACAGAGGACGUGCUUGUGCAAUGUUACAGGGAGGCUGCUUGUUCUGACAGAAGAGUUUCAACGUAGUUGCAGAAUGAGGAAACACUUCAGGUGAAGAAGUCCUCUUACUUUGGAACAAACCAAGAAGAUAAUCACAGACCACCUGGAAUAAUUUUAAGCUAUAAGUAGCUUCAGUUAUGAGUAAUUGUCCAAAUCAGAGUGAUCUUGAUCAUCUCCAUGGAUUUCUUUUUUCAAAGUAUCUUCUCAACCCGAGGAACCACAUCAGGCCCAGAGCCCAGCGGUGAUGCUGGCAAUGCAGCACAACAACUCCUCUGCCUCCUUUCCCCUUUCUAACCACACCACCCUGGCGCAGGAGCCUGAGGUGGAGGCCGUCUCACAUAAUGCCACCCGUCCACCGAACAAUCCCACAGCUGCCGGCCUCACCAUGACUCUUGGCAUCCUGUUCAACGUGGUGGCCCUCGUCAUUCUUGCCAAGGCUUACAACCGCUUCCGUCGGCGGUCAAAGGCCACUUUUCUGCUCUUUGCCAGCUCUCUGGUGGCAACAGAUCUGGCUGGACAUGUUAUCAAUGGAGCACUCGUGCUGAGGAGAUACUCAGCACGCACUGUGUCCACAGUUAAUCCCACCUUGAGCUUUCAAGAUGAUCCUGCGAAACCGGAUGCCUCUUGUCUGUUUCUGGGAGGUUGCAUGGUGUUCUUUGGCCUGUGCCCCCUAUUCCUGGGCUGUGCCAUGGCUGCUGAGCGCUGCCUGGGCGUCACCAGGCCUUUGCUGCAUGCUCGUCUGGUGACAACAGCAAGGACAAAGAUGGCACUGGCCCUGAUCUGGCUGCUGGCUUUAUGUGUGGCUCUUCUACCCUUCUUCAGCCUGGGUGCCUACAGUUACCAGUACCCGGGAACAUGGUGCUUUUUCAGGGUGAUUGAGGGCACUAGGGCGACAGAUCUGGCCUUUGUGAUGCUGUUCUCUGGACUGGCUUUAAGCUCUCUGGCCCUGGCCUUUGUGUGCAACACCAUCAGUGGGAUGACGCUAGUGAGAGCCCGACUAAAGAAAAAGUCCUGCUCCCAACGCCGCUCGGCCAGGUCCCACGACACUGAGAUGGUGGUCCAGCUCGUUGGCAUCAUGGUCACCUCCUGCAUCUGCUGGAGCCCUCUGCUGAUCUUUGGACUGAUGUCAGCCACACGGUCCUACAGUGGCUUGCUGAGCAGUGACAGAGACACUUACAGGGGCCUGAUGGUGACAGGUGUCAGGAUGGCAACCUGUAACCAGAUCCUGGACCCGUGGGUCUACAUCCUGUUGCGACGCGCCAUCCUCAGGAAGAUCUACAGCCUCACUAAAAGGCAGGCCAGUCUCAAGGGAAGCAUGUUCCGCUCUGUUCGCUGGGACGUCAACUCCUUUCAGAACUCAGAGAAAAACAGUGUUAAUAAGAUUUAAAUGGACCUAUAGAGGAAGAGAGGGGACGUGUCAUCUAUCACCUUUUAAGGGAUGCUCCAUCACUUGCCAGCCGGAUCACCACUGAGCCCAGCAGUCUAUCAUCUGGAUCAGAAUUCAGUGUUAAAAGGUCCCAGUGAAAAGAGUUUUCUCUCUUGGCUGAUAGGAAUGAGAGCCAUAGUGGUCUAUGUGUAUAAAGUAUAAGUGUUGGGAUCCAAAGUGGUUAAAAACUUGGAAGCAACAUGUUCCAGAUUUGAAAUAUCACUGACCAGCUAAUGAUAACCUCUUGGGUUGUUGUAUUGAGCCAGUGUUAAACUGCUAAUAGUGUUUAUCAGAAUGGAACAUGGACCAUAUACAGGACAUGUUCGCAUGGCAGUCUGUCCUCUAUGAGAGCAGAUAAACAAGAUUUUGUCGGUUGGAGUAUAAUGUGUGAACUUGUCGUUGACGUGAAGACUGUAUCUAGUCUUAAGGCAAACAUCUCAACUCAAAAGUUUUGUCUGUAAAUGUGCCGUUUUGUUCUCUGACAUAAUGUAAAAGUCAAUGACUUGUGUAAAUGCUCACAUAAGAGAGCAAAAAAAAAAAAAAGGCUGUACUUUUACCUCAGCUUGAAGAUGUGAAGAACACCCUGUGUGUAUCCAAUGUAGUGCUGUGACAUUAAUGUGAAUGUGUGUCUUUAUUGCGUGUUAUUUUCCCAGAGUGCCUGGGGACUGGAGAGAAGCUAUGUGUUGCAAAAGCUAAUCAAAUGUGAUGUUGUUAAGAAAAGGGAAUGUAAGAUUAUAUAAUAAAUGGUUAUCUGUU